AUGGUCCGCUUCGGGGACGAGCUGGGCAGCCGCUAUGGGGGCGCCGGUGGGGAGCGUGCUCGGGGCGGCGGGGCCGGCGGGGCGGGCGGCCCGGGCCCCGGGGGGCUGCAGCCGGGCCAGCGGGUGCUCUACAAGCAGUCGAUCGCGCAGCGCGCGCGGACCAUGGCGCUGUACAACCCCAUCCCGGUCAAGCAGAACUGCUUCACCGUCAACCGCUCGCUCUUCGUCUUCAGCGAGGACAACGUCGUUCGCAAAUACGCCAAGCGCAUCACCGAGUGGCCUCCGUUUGAGUACAUGAUCCUGGCCACUAUCAUCGCCAACUGUAUCGUGCUGGCACUGGAGCAGCACCUUCCCGACGGGGACAAGACGCCCAUGUCUGAGCGCCUGGACGACACAGAGCCCUAUUUUAUUGGCAUCUUCUGCUUUGAGGCGGGGAUCAAGAUCAUAGCUCUGGGCUUUGUCUUCCACAAGGGCUCCUACCUGCGGAACGGCUGGAACGUCAUGGACUUUGUGGUGGUUCUCACAGGGAUCCUGGCCACGGCUGGCACUGACUUUGACCUGCGGACCCUGCGGGCUGUGCGCGUGCUCAGGCCCCUGAAGCUGGUGUCUGGGAUUCCAAGUUUGCAGGUGGUGCUCAAGUCUAUCAUGAAGGCCAUGGUUCCACUCCUGCAGAUCGGGCUGCUUCUUUUCUUCGCCAUCCUCAUGUUCGCGAUCAUUGGCCUUGAAUUCUACAUGGGCAAAUUCCACAAGGCCUGUUUCUCCAACAGCACAGAUCCAGAUCCAGUGGGGGACUUCCCCUGUGGCAAGGAGGCCCCGGCCCGGCUGUGUGAGGGUGACACUGAAUGUCGGGAGUACUGGCCAGGGCCCAACUUUGGCAUCACCAACUUUGACAAUAUCCUGUUUGCCAUCUUGACGGUAUUCCAGUGCAUCACCAUGGAGGGCUGGACUGACAUCCUCUACAAUACAAAUGAUGCAGCUGGCAACACUUGGAACUGGCUCUACUUCAUCCCUCUCAUCAUCAUUGGCUCCUUCUUCAUGCUCAACCUGGUGCUGGGUGUGCUCUCAGGAGAGUUUGCCAAGGAGCGUGAGAGGGUGGAGAACCGCCGGGCAUUCCUGAAGCUCCGCCGCCAGCAGCAGAUCGAGCGGGAGCUCAACGGGUACCUGGAGUGGAUCUUCAAAGCCGAGGAAGUCAUGCUGGCCGAGGAGGACAAGAAUGCGGAGGAGAAGUCCCCCCUGGAUGUGUUGAAGAGAGCAGCCACGAAGAAGAGCCGGAAUGACCUGAUCCAUGCCGAGGAGGGAGAGGACCGGUUUCCUGACCUCUGUGCAGUUGGAUCCCCCUUUGCCCGUGCCAGCCUCAAGAGCGGGAAGACGGAGAGCUCGUCAUACUUCCGUAGGAAGGAGAAGAUGUUCCGGUUCUUCAUCCGGCGCAUGGUGAAGGCGCAGAGCUUCUACUGGGUGGUGCUGUGUGUGGUGGCCCUGAAUACUCUGUGCGUGGCCAUGGUGCACUACAACCAGCCACAGCGGCUCACCACGGCGCUGUACUUUGCAGAGUUUGUUUUCCUGGGUCUCUUCCUCACAGAGAUGUCAUUGAAGAUGUAUGGCCUGGGGCCCAGAAGCUACUUCCGAUCUUCCUUCAACUGCUUUGACUUUGGGGUCAUUGUGGGGAGCAUCUUUGAAGUGGUCUGGGCGGCCAUCAAGCCAGGAACAUCCUUUGGGAUCAGUGUGCUGCGGGCACUGCGGUUGCUGAGGAUCUUCAAAGUCACAAAGUACUGGAGCUCCCUGCGCAACCUGGUGGUGUCUCUGCUAAACUCCAUGAAGUCCAUCAUCAGCCUCCUCUUCCUGCUGUUCCUGUUCAUUGUGGUCUUUGCUCUGCUAGGAAUGCAGCUAUUCGGGGGACAGUUUAACUUUAGAGAUGAGACCCCGACAACCAACUUUGACACUUUCCCCGCGGCCAUUCUCACUGUCUUCCAGAUCCUAACAGGAGAGGACUGGAAUGCGGUGAUGUAUCACGGGAUCGAGUCACAAGGCGGAGUCAGCAAAGGCAUGUUCUCCUCCUUUUACUUCAUCGUCCUGACGCUGUUUGGAAAUUACACGCUACUGAAUGUCUUCCUGGCCAUUGCCGUGGACAACCUUGCCAAUGCUCAGGAGCUGACCAAGGACGAAGAGGAGAUGGAAGAAGCAGCCAAUCAGAAGCUUGCUCUGCAAAAGGCCAAAGAAGUGGCUGAAGUCAGCCCCAUGUCUGCUGCAAACAUCUCCAUUGCUGCUGCGCCGCAGAACUCGGCCAAGGCGCGCUCGGUGUGGGAGCAGCGGGCCAGCCAGCUGCGGCUGCAGAACCUGCGGGCCAGCUGCGAGGCGCUGUACAGCGAGAUGGACCCGGACGAGCGGCUGCGCUACGCCACCACGCGCCACCUGCGCCCCGACAUGAAGACGCACCUGGACCGGCCGCUCGUGGUGGAGCUAGGCCGCGACGGGCCGCGGGUUCCCGCCGGGGGCAAGGCCCGGCCCGAGGCCGCGGAGGCCGCAGAGGGCGCCGACCCGCCGCGCAGGCAUCACCGGCACCGCGACAAGGCCCCGGCCCCCGGCCCGGCCCCCGGCCCGGCCCCGGCCCCGGCCGCGGCGGCAGCGGGCGAGCAGGACAGGGCGGACGGCCCGAAGGCCGAGGGCGGGGAGCCGGGGGCCCGGGAGGAGCGGCCGCGGCCGCACGGCAGCCGCAGCAAGGAGGCCCGGAGCGAGCGCGGCCGCGGCCCGGGCCCCGAGGGCGGCCGGCGCCACCACCGGCGCGGCUCCCCGGAGGAGGCGGCCGAGCGGGAGCCCCGGCGCCACCGCGCCCACCGGCACGCGCCCGAGCCGGGCAAGGAGGGCGGCGCGGCCGGGCCCAAGGGCGAGCGGCGAGCGCGCCACCGCGGCGGGCCCCGGGCUGGGCCCAGGGAGGCCGGCAGCGGGGAGGAGCCGGCGCGGCGGCACCGAGCGCGGCACAAGGCGCUGCCCACGCACGAGGACGCGGAGAAGGAGGCCGCGGAGAAGGAGGGCGAGGCCGAGGACCGCGACAAGGAGAAGGAGCUGCGGAACCACCAGCCCAAGGAGCCACACGGUGACCUAGAAGCCAGUGGGACGAUGGGUGUGGGCCCUGUACAUGCAUUGCCCAGCACUUGUCUACAGAAGGUGGAGGAACAGCCAGAGGAUGCAGAUAAUCAGCGGAAUGUCACACGGAUGGGCAGCCAACCCUCAGACCUGAGUGCCACUGUGCAUAUCCCAGUGACGCUGACCGGUCCUCCUGGGGACACUGCGGCUGUUCCCAGUGGUAACGUGGACCUGGAAAGUCAAGCCGAGGGGAAGAAGGAGGUGGAAGCUGACGAUGUGAUGAGGAGCGGGCCCCGACCCAUCGUCCCAUACAGCUCUAUGUUCUGUUUAAGCCCCACCAACCUGCUCCGCCGCUUCUGUCAUUACAUCGUGACCAUGCGGUACUUCGAGAUGGUCAUUCUUGUGGUCAUCGCCCUGAGCAGCAUUGCCCUGGCUGCCGAGGACCCAGUGCGGACAGACUCGCCUAGGAACAACGCCCUGAAGUAUAUGGACUACAUUUUCACGGGCGUCUUCACCUUUGAGAUGGUGAUAAAGAUGAUUGAUUUGGGUCUGCUGCUGCAUCCUGGGGCCUACUUCCGGGACCUGUGGAAUAUUCUGGACUUCAUCGUGGUCAGUGGGGCCCUGGUGGCGUUUGCCUUCUCAGGAUCCAAAGGGAAAGACAUCAGCACCAUCAAGUCCCUGAGAGUCUUGCGUGUCCUGCGGCCCCUCAAGACUAUAAAACGGCUGCCUAAACUCAAGGCCGUGUUUGACUGUGUGGUGAACUCCCUGAAGAACGUCCUCAACAUCCUGGUCGUCUACAUGCUCUUCAUGUUCAUUUUUGCUGUCAUUGCGGUGCAGCUCUUCAAAGGGAAGUUUUUCUACUGCACGGAUGAGUCCAAGGGGCUGGAAAGGGACUGCCGAGGUCAAUAUUUGGAUUAUGAGAAGGAGGAGGUGGAAGCUCAACCACGGCAGUGGAAGAAAUAUGAUUUUCACUAUGACAACGUGCUCUGGGCUCUGCUGACACUGUUCACAGUGUCCACGGGAGAAGGGUGGCCCAUGGUCCUAAAACACUCUGUGGACGCCACCUAUGAGGAGCAGGGCCCCAGCCCUGGGUAUCGCAUGGAGCUGUCCAUCUUCUAUGUGGUCUACUUCGUGGUUUUCCCCUUCUUCUUUGUCAAUAUCUUUGUGGCCUUGAUUAUCAUCACCUUCCAGGAGCAGGGGGACAAGGUGAUGUCUGAAUGCAGCCUGGAGAAGAAUGAGAGGGCUUGCAUCGACUUUGCCAUCAGUGCCAAGCCCCUGACGCGAUACAUGCCCCAGGACAAGCAGUCAUUUCAGUACAAGACAUGGACGUUUGUGGUCUCACCUCCCUUUGAGUACUUCAUCAUGGCUAUGAUCGCCCUCAACACAGUGGUGCUAAUGAUGAAGUUCUAUGAUGCACCGUAUGAAUAUGAACUAAUGUUGAAAUGCCUGAACAUUGUGUUCACAUCCAUGUUCUCUAUGGAAUGCGUGCUGAAGAUCAUCGCCUUCGGGGUGCUGAACUAUUUCAGAGAUGCCUGGAAUGUCUUUGACUUUGUCACUGUGUUGGGAAGUAUUACUGAUAUUUUAGUAACAGAGAUUGCGGAAACGAACAAUUUCAUCAACCUCAGCUUCCUCCGCCUCUUCCGUGCUGCCCGUCUCAUCAAGCUGCUCCGCCAAGGCUACACCAUCCGCAUCCUGCUGUGGACCUUCGUCCAGUCCUUCAAGGCCCUGCCCUACGUGUGUCUGCUCAUCGCCAUGCUGUUCUUCAUCUACGCCAUCAUUGGCAUGCAGGUGUUUGGGAAUAUUGCCCUAGAUGAUGACACCAGCAUCAAUCGGCAUAACAACUUCCGGACGUUUUUACAAGCCUUGAUGCUAUUGUUCAGGAGUGCCACUGGGGAGGCCUGGCACGAGAUCAUGCUGUCUUGUCUCAGCAACCAGGCCUGUGAUGAGCACGCCAAUGCCAGUGAGUGUGGGAGUGACUUUGCCUACUUUUACUUCGUCUCCUUCAUCUUCCUUUGCUCCUUUCUGAUGUUGAACCUCUUUGUGGCCGUGAUCAUGGACAAUUUUGAGUACCUUACACGGGACUCUUCCAUCCUAGGGCCUCACCACCUGGACGAGUUUAUCCGGGUCUGGGCUGAGUACGACCCGGCUGCGUGUGGGCGCAUCAGUUACAAUGACAUGUUUGAGAUGCUGAAACACAUGUCCCCACCCCUGGGGCUGGGAAAGAAAUGCCCUGCUCGAGUUGCAUACAAGCGCCUGGUUCGUAUGAACAUGCCCAUCUCCAAUGAGGAUAUGACUGUCCACUUCACGUCCACGCUGAUGGCCCUCAUUCGGACCGCACUGGAGAUCAAGCUGGCUCCAGCUGGCACGAAGCAGCAUCAGUGUGAUGCAGAGUUGAGGAAGGAAAUUUCCUCUGUGUGGGCCAAUCUGCCCCAGAAGACCCUGGAUUUACUGGUGCCACCCCAUAAACCCGAUGAGAUGACAGUGGGAAAAGUGUAUGCAGCUCUGAUGAUAUUUGACUUCUAUAAACAGAACAAGACCACCAGAGACCAGAUUCACCAGGCCGCGGGAGGCCUGUCCCAGAUGGGCCCUGUGUCGCUGUUCCACCCUCUGAAGGCCACGCUGGAGCAGACACAGCCAGCUGUGCUCCGGGGAGCCCGGGUUUUCCUUCGGCAGAAGAGCUCUGCGUCCCUCAGCAAUGGUGGGGCCAUACAAACCCAAGAGAGUGGCAUCAAGGAGUCUGUUUCUUGGGGCACUCAGAGGACCCAGGAGGUACCUUGUGAGGCAAGGACACCCCUGGAGCGUGGCCACUCUACAGAGAUCCCAGUGGUGCAGCCAGGAAAACCGGCUGUGGAUGUCCAGAUGCAGAGCAUGGCCCUGAGAGGUCCUGAUGGGGAGCCCCAACCUGGGCUGGAGAGCCAGGGACGAGCAGCUUCCAUGCCCCGCCUGGCUGCAGAGACUCAGCCGGCCCCAGACGCCAGCCCCAUGAAGCGCUCCAUCUCCACCCUGGCGCCCCAACGCCCCCAUGUGGCUCAUCUCUGCAACGCAGCCCUGGACCGAGCACCAGCCAGCCAGGCUGUGCCCCACCACCACCACCGCUGCCACCGCCGCAGGGACAGGAAGCAGAAGUCCCUGGAGAAGGGGGCCAGCCUGUCUGCAGACACAGAUGGUGCACCCAGCAGUGCUGCGGGGCCAGGGCCACCCCUGGGAGAGGGGCCCGCAGGCUGCCGGAGGGAGCGCAGGCAGGAGCGGGGUCGGUCCCAGGAGCGGAGGCAGCCCUCUUCCUCUUCCUCGGAGAAGCAGCGCUUCUACUCCUGUGACCGCUUUGGGGGCCGUGAGCCCUCACAGCCCAAACCAUCCCUCAGCAGCCACCCCACGUCACCAACAGCGGGGCAGGAGCCAGGACCUUCUCCCCUGGUCGGCUUAGUCGUGGCCUUUCUGAACACAACGCUCUGCUCCAGAGAGACCCCCUCAGCCAGCCCCUGGCUGCCAGCUCUAGAAUUGGCUCUGACCCUUACUUGGGGCAGCGUCUGGACAGUGAGGACACUGCCUGCACUCAGCCUGAGGACACACUCACCUUUGAGGAGGCUGUGGCCACCAACUCAGGCCGCUCCUCCCGGACUUCCUACGUGUCCUCUCUGACCUCCCAGUCCCACCCCCUCCGCCGCGUGCCCAACGGCUACCACUGCACUCUGGGACUCAGCUCGGGCGGCCGGGUUCGGCACAGCUACCACCACCCUGACCAAGACCACUGGUGCUAGCUGCACCGCCACCG